AUGACAUUUCAUUAGAUCAUCGGUGGAAUUGGAGAUUUACAUCACCAAACAAUUUUGUCACCUCUUAAUUAAGCAUCUGCUAAAAGGUUAAAGAAGGUCACCUUCUACAACGAAGCACUUUAUCUUGAAUUCAGAGCUACUGACAGUCCAACUAAGGUCAAUUCCACUCUUCAAAAACAUUUUUCAACAAGAUCACUCUCAGCUAUUACCUAACCUUGA